CGUGGUGUGUAUGGCUAGCUUGCAGACAAAACCACUGUUUGGUCGGCAGGCGCCAGGACAGAAAACUGGACUGAUGAAGAAUUCUGCGAUGUAUAUACUCUGUGCGACAGGAAAGUUGUUUCUGGCGCACCGGCGUCGUUGCCGGAUUUGGUCUAUGGGAAAGAUUUGAACAUUCUUCGUCACUGGACGAUGCAUGUGCGCAUUGGCGGGUUGGUGAGAAGAGCAACAGGAAUAGAGCGGCAACAUCUUGCACUGACGGCCUGGACUGUAUGUGCGUUGAAAAGCAAUGCGCGCCGUCCCCCUGCGUCAUUGGAGAAAUGCACAUUCGUAGACAAGUCGCUGCAGUACACUUUAGUACAGUGUACGCAGGAGAUGCAGUCGUUCACCGCUUCUCGCCCUCGCGCGCGCGGAAUGCAGCCACGAGAUUCCGGAGGACACCAGGCUGCAUCUGGGUUAGGGUCGGUCGGACUUAGUCCUCAUAGGGCAAGCAAGUGGCGGCUGCACGUAACGUACAGUCUGGUAUUGUCGCGAACUGUGCUAAAUGAUUUCUGGAGACGGAUGCCUCUGUUGCGCGCGUCGGCGAAAGAGAAACGGGCAAAAGGUCCCUCCCGCUCCUUGGUAUGAGAUCCUAAACGAUGCUGUUCUCCCGGUGGGAUUCACCGUCACGCGAACGGCGGAAUCGGGCAUGGCAGACACGUGAGCCGCUCGGCUUACUGAUUUUUCUCAUCUUCGUCCAACCGAGCACGACUAGAUUCGCGAUUCUGAGCGGCAAACUUGUUGGCAGAGAAUGAGCGGUGGGAGCAUUACCAGAUGCGCACAAGAGCCCGUCAAGAAGAG